AUGAAGGCCUUCAGCCAGCUGGUAGAGUCAAUCUCCCAUUUCCAGUCCACAUUCACUACUAUCUAUGACGAUUCCUCUAUUGAGUCUUUCGGAACUCCAUUGGAGAACCACCAAAACACCGUACUUGCCUCAGCAGACUUUUAUUUCCAGGAGACGCGCGAUUCUACCAAGCUGAGUGUCGGUGAAUCCAUUCCCCGUCCCCCACAAGCCGCGUUUCUGUGUGAAUCGCAUAGACAUACCAUCCAUCAGACUGUUACACCUCGAACCAUUAACAGUCAGCCCAUACCAAUUGGCCCCGUCUAUAAGCCGAACCGCGAGUCCUUAGGCACAUGCUCGAAUCCUCGCACACCGCCGACGACCCCACAAAAGAGCGUCACAUUAUGGCGUUUGAUUAUCUGCAGCAAGCGUUUGACUGGGCAAUCCUAUGUUCAGAUCCCACAGUCCAACUGCAUUGAAACACAGCCAGCUUCAUCUCAGGAACUGCACCGCGCACCUUCCACUUCCGGUGCUUUCCUUUAUCCUAUGUCAGAAGAACCCUUUUUACCGACUCAUCAGCUCGACAACAAAAAGUGGGUUGAAACAUCCUCCGAAAACGGUAUCGAAGGCGAAUCGAGUAUAGGACCACCGACUGUAUCAGGUUGGACCACAUCUGCUCCAGAUAGCCAACUUCUCAGUUACGGAUGUAACAACACUCCCCUGUGUGAGGGCCAAGAAGUAUACUGUGGAAACAAACUACCUGGUAAAUGGUCCACGUUGGACUGGUCAUGGAUUGGCCGACUUCCGGAGAGUGACUCUGCAACCGUCACCGAGGUGCUCUUGUGUCUUCGAACGAGCGACACCACUUCCAUGGACCCGUUUUACAAAUUUAUAUUUCAAAAGCUGGACAUUCAAACGUGUAUAGACCUCUUAAAAGAAUGGAUGACGCUCAACAACUGCGGUGUGGUCCUAACCUACGUGAAGCCAGUUUGGUGGCCAUCAGAAUUGGAAUACAUGAAUCCAGAAGAAUCUGAGGAUGAUGACCUGAGAAACGCUGUGUUUGUCAUGCUACGAAGUGCCGACACCAAACAGUUUAGUGUCGCCUUGGCACCUUUGAAGAGCAAGAUUCACAGCGCCAGUGGCAAGCUUGGUGGGAUUCUGUCAGAAGAAUGA